UGGGGGGCUGCCGACUGCCGCGUGCAGUAUAUAGGAGCGCGCCGACCGGCGGAAGGCGCAGUCGCCCGGCGGGCCGCGCAGGAGCACCACUGUCCGCUGUACACCCACUCCACUACUUCCCACUACACUACGCUUCACACUCCGAAAGAUGACUGCAAGGGCGAGGGCCGUUAUCGCGUGUUGCGUCCUCUGGACCGCGGCGGCGCUGGCGUCGCAGGGCGUGGACAUGUCGGCGGCGCGCUGGCGGAUGCAGGCCCGCGAACAGCUGACGUUCGCGCGCAGCUCGUGGGCGCGCGCGGCGCUCGAGGCCGCCGCCGGGUCGCCGCACGCGCGCAACGUGGUGCUCUUCAUCGGCGACGGCAUGGGCAUCCCCACCGUGACGGCCGCGGGCAUGCACCGCGCCGGCGAGGGCACCCGCCUGCUCUUCGAGAGGUUCCCCUUCACCGGACUCUCGAAGACCUACAGCGUCAGCAAGCAGGUGGGUGACUCGGCGGCAACGGGCACGGCGUUCCUGACGGGCGUGAAGACGUCCAACGGCGUGCUGGGGAUGGACGCGUCGGUGGUGGCCAAGCAGUGCCCGCGGCCGGCGGACGUGGCGGCGCGGCCGACGUCGCUGGCCGGCUGGGCGCAGGCGGCGGGCCGCGUCGCCGGCGUCGUCACCACGACGCGCAUCACGCACGCCACGCCCGCCGCGCUGUACGCGCGCUCCGCGCACCGCGACUGGGAGUGCGACACCGAGCUGCCCGAAGGCUGCCACCAGCUCGACAUAGCGCGCCAGCUGGUGCGUACCGCCGACACACACAGCCGGUAUACAGGGUGUUACAAAAAGGUGGAGGAGAUGCCGGGCAUGGAGCUGCGCGUGGUGCUGGGCGGCGGGCGCAAGCAGCUGGGCGACCUGGCGGCGGAAGAGCGCGACGGCACCGACGACGACGGCUCCUGCGGCCGCGCCGACGGCCGCAACCUGACGGCACAGUGGCUGCGCCUGCCCGGCCGCCGCCACCUCGUCCACACCAGGGAGCAGCUGCUGCAGGCCGACCUCGACAAGGUGGACUACCUGAUGGGACUUUUCAGUGCAGGACACAUCCCAUACACUGAUGCUCGCCGGCCCAGAGAACAUCCCUCUCUGGUAGAAAUGACACAGCAAGCCCUGCGUCUAUUGUCACGUCAUAGCAAUGGCUACUUUCUCCUUGUAGAAGGUGGCCGUAUUGACCAUGGCCACCACAAGAACUAUGCCCGUCGUGCACUCGAGGAGACUCUUGAGCUUGAAGCAGCUGUUGCCGCAGCCCUCGCCCUCACUGACCCUAAGGAUACAUUGAUUGUGGUGACAGCUGACCACUCUCAUACAAUGUCCAUAAGUGGAUAUCCCAACCGUGGUACUGACAUCCUCGGUUUUGUCCACAAUGAUGGUGAAGAGCCAUAUGAGACACUCACAUAUGCAAAUGGUCCAAGCUUCUAUACUCAUCGUAGUAAUGGCACUAACAGCACAUGGGUGAAUGUAAUGGAGAUGAAUCGGAGUGCUCCGACAUACCAACACUUUUCUCCUAGAUAUUUAAAAGAUGAAACUCAUGGAGGAGAAGAUGUUGCUGUCUAUGCUGUUGGUCCAGGUGCCUAUCUCUUCACUGGUGUAUAUGAACAGAACUAUUUAGCUCAUGCUAUGGCUCACAUAGCAAAUAUUGGGCCUGAUGCUAUGGUUUCUUCUGCAAACACUGCACACAUGUACAACUUCAAUGUAACUGCACUUGUUUCACUCCUUGCUUCAAUAUUAUUAGGCAUCUUAAGAUAGCCUUGACUCAUUUUCAUGUGUGUGAAGAUUGUAACAGAAAAUCACAAUCACUGAUUACUUAUGGAGCCAUUCAUGCAACAUAUGUACAACAUAAACCUAUCAGUAUUAAAAUUCAUAACAGCAGAAGCUGUUACUUAAGACAAUUUAUGCAAAUUGAAAGAGUGAAUGGAAACUUAUUCUCUCACAUGCAGAGCACCUAUGUGCCUGCAGUACAGCAUUUGUAAAACCAUAAACAAAUUAUAUUACUCAGCUACUUUAUGUAGUUCUACUGUGCAGACAAGAGUAACAGUUAAAGUCUCUGCAGAAUUAUGUCAUUCUGGUGCAUAAAUUAGAUUAAAAAAUUGUGUCUGUAAUGAUAUUGAAAUAUAAGUCCAUUCACAUUUCUAAGACCAUUUGUUGCUGCAGGCAAGUUUACACAACUUCUUUGAAACAGUAAAAUUACAUUUUUGAAAAUAAAAUGUGACUGUAUGUGGACAAAUACAGAACAUUAGAACCAAAAGUUUAAAGGUAUACACAUACCACUUCUGAAAUUCUACUACCAAAAAUUUUAUUCUGACAUGUUACAAAUGUGAAAACAGUUUUUAAAGCUAACAUUCUGUGGAUGAAAUUUGCAUUUUACAGUGGUAAAAAAAUUGUGUAUUUUACUUAAAAUAUAUGAUCAACUGUUGCUAUUGCUAUUAUUGUCAAACUUUAUUUCUCUAACAAAUUAUUUCACAGCAAAAACUGAUAUUCAUGUUUUCAAGGCGCUUCUAGUCUGUGACUCUUCUAAGUUUAGUAUUAAAUAUCUUAUAUCAUUUCUGACUCUCAGGACAUGCUGUUUAUCAUAUAUGGCUUUGGUGUUCUGUGUUUUGUAACUAUAUUCUGAAAGAAAAUAGCCCAAAGAAAUUACAUUUUUUUACCCCAAAUGUGGUGUAUCUUACAAUAUGUUUUGUAUCUUUACUAUCUAUUACAACACUGUUUUGAUUGUUAA